UCCCGUCUCUUUCCUCUCUCUCCAGCCUCCGGCACAAGCACGCAAAGCCUCUCCCUCUCUCUCUCUCGCAGAAAGAUCGCAGCAAUGGAGAUAGUCUCGCCAAGAAACGCUUUCGGUGCAGUACACGGUUACAACAGUGGCCGCGGCGGCAUCAUAAUAAGCCCCAUAAUCACCGCGCCGCUCCGUCGCCGGACCGGCGGCCGCGGCGGCUGUGGCGCCGUACGCUCCAAGCUGUCCAAAUUCCAAGAUUUUCAGGACUAUGCAAAACCGUCCCGUCUUUUUCCAACCACAGAGAUUAAGUUCUGCUCAGGACACUCAGAAGAAGAGAAAAUGUUGUUAGGCGAUGUUGGCAAUUCUCAAUCCUUGUACAAGAUUAAGCUACAUACAAGUAGGAUGUAUGGUUCAGGGUUAACUGAUGUCAAUGCUGGAAUUCUGCUCUGCUUGAUUGAUGAACAUGGACAUUCGCUAUUACAAAGGCUAUCUGCAACUCCAUUGACUGAGUUUUCAGUGGAACGGCAGGAAGAAGUUGAUCAUAACAUUCUUCAUUUUCAAAGAGCUUCUGUUGAUGAAUUCACUUUUAAAGGACCCAAGCUUGGAGGACCUCAAGCUCUCUGGAUUAGUCUUGAAUCAGGCCAAUGGAGAUUAGGUUAUGUCACUCUCUCUGUUAUUCAUGCCCGCCAACCAUCACUGGAGGAGCACACUGCAAAAGAAAUACAGUAUGGGGGUUACCAGUAUGAUUUUGAAGCUGACGAUAUUUUAAUUGGGGAGGGAAGUGAUAGUUCCAUGAUUGAACUUAGACCUUCCCUUGUCAAGGAAUUGUCUGGAGAUUCACACACCUUGUUGAGCAAUAGCAUGCGGGAAUCAACUUCUCCUAGUCCUAAAAUGUCUAGUGAGGAAAGCAUGCAGGAAUAUGCAGAUCUGAAGCUUUCCUUGUUACUCUACGAUGCCAUGCUGGUCUCUGUCGGCACAGCAGUUGCGUCUGUCUCAGCCGGCGAGAAGGAUGCUCUUGCAUUCUUAACUGGUGGGCUUGGAGGAUUUGUCUAUCUGUUGAUAUUGCAAAGAUCCGUAGACGAAUUGCCUGCUCCCGCAACAAUCUCUAGGAACUCUGUUGAUCAAGCGUUUCGUCGGUUGAAGGGUCCAAUAACAACUCUGGCAUUGGCAGCAACUGUUUUUUUCGGAGUACUCAAGUACAGCUCAGGUGAGGUUCCUGUGGCAUUAACGUCGGAAGAGCUCAUUGUUGGGAUGAUUGGAUUCAUUGCAUGUAAAGUUGCAGUGGUGUUGGCCGCAUUUAAGCCCAUAACAUUUAUUUUCAAGCGGGACGACUGAACGACAGAAAUUAUUUCUCGUUUUUUCAUAGUGUUUUAUAUUGUAUGUAAAGCCUCAAACCCAAAGGAACAUUCGAAUUUAAAACUCAGAAGAAUUUUACACCACGGUUGAACCAACAGCGGCCCAGUUCAGCUUAUGCAUUAUGUUGUAGGAUUGCAAAUUUUACUGUAUACCUCACUACCAUUGGAAAUUUGAACUGAUGUGAUAUGAUGACAUGGUUCACCAGGGGUUACA